AAGUAAAAAAACAGAAAAUAAGCAGCAGGAAAAGCAACAAACAGCGUCGGCCGGCGAGUGCAUUUGUUCACCGACUUUCUUAAAAAUGUAUACGUAAAGGUCCACUUUCUCUCUCUACACAGCAACGUUUCUCUCUCUUAACAACUAAAUCCCUUUAUUCUACCAAUCCAAACCCUAAUUAUAAUUUUCAAUGUAGAAAUUUUCCUAAUUAAAACUAUCACAAUCUCAUCAUCGAUCACAUAAAUAUUAGAAAUGCCAAGUGUAGGUGUGAAACUGUACAGCGUGUUCUUCAAAUUCCUGUUAAAACAUAGAUUACAAUCCAGAAUUCAAACCCCAAUUGAUCAAUCCAAGGAUCCGAACCACUUCGGCGUUUCGACCCGACCCGACGAGUCCAUCGCCGCCUCCAAUCCGUCUUUUGUUGAUGCCGUUGCCACCAAGGACAUCCACAUUGAUCCUUUUACUUCGCUCUCAAUUCGUAUUUUUAUUCCGGACACGUGUUUGGUUAAUUCAGCUACCAAGCACUCGAAAUCGAGGGUUAGUGCUUUGAUUGGAUCGGAGAACGAUGAUUUGUAUAGGCGGAGCAGCUAUGAUUCGAGUAAUGUGAGUAAUCGACAAGUGGGUGGGAAUGUGGGGAGUAGGAGGAAUAGUUAUGCUACUGUUGGUGAUUCGGGUAAGUCGGAAAGUGGAGGGUCUUAUCGAGGGUAUUUACCGAGUGGUGAGAAUUGUAGGAAGUUGCCAGUGAUGUUGCAGUUUCACGGGGGUGGAUUCGUGAGUGGGAGUAGUGAUUCGGUUGCAAAUGAUUCAUUUUGUCGUAGGAUUGCCAAGCUGUGUGAUGUGAUAGUUGUGGCGGUUGGGUAUAGGCUUGCGCCUGAGAAUAGAUUUCCGGAUGCGUUUGAGGAUGGGAUGAAAGUGUUGCAUUGGUUGGCGAAGCAGGCGAAUUUAGCAGAGUGUGGCAAGUCUAUGGGGAAUGUGAGAGGGGUUGGGGCGGAAUUGAGGAAGGGGGAAGUUCAGAGGCAUAUUGCAGAUUCGUUUGGAGCAUCAAUGGUGGAACCAUGGCUCGCUGCUCAUGGUGAUCUUACCAGAUGUGUUCUCCUGGGCGUGAGUUGUGGUGCAAAUAUAGCGGACUAUGUGGCUCGAAAAUCUGUAGAAGCAGGAAGGAUGUUGGAUCCAGUCAAGGUUGUUGCACAGGUGCUGAUGUAUCCUUUCUUCAUUGGAAGUGUUCCAACACAUUCCGAGAUUAGACUGGCUAAUUCCUACUUUUAUGACAAGCCAAUGUGCAUACUUGCAUGGAAACUUUUUUUACCUGAAGAAGAGUUCAGUCUCGACCACCCUGCUGCUAAUCCUCUUGUUCCGGAUAGGGGGCCGCCACUGAAGCGCAUGCCCCCUACACUCACAGUGGUAGCAGAACAUGACUGGAUGAGAGAUCGAGCCAUUGCUUACUCAGAAGAACUUCGGAAGGUGAAUGUUGACGCACCAGUGCUUGAGUACAAGGAUGCGGUUCAUGAAUUUGCUACUCUAGACAUGCUCCUUAAGACACCUCAGGCCCAAGCCUGUGCAGAGGACAUUGCUAUCUGGGUGAAAAAGUAUAUAUCACUUCGAGGUCAUGAAUUCUCUUAUUAAGCAUGAGAAAUCCAGAAUAACAUACAGGAGUAUCAGUUCUACUUGCAUUUCUGUUGUAUAUUAUGGGUGCAUCGAACCAUCAACUUGCCGACAUUGAUAUUUUAUUUGUAGUUUGAGGAAUUGGUUGUAUCUAGAUUGGGGGUUGUUCCAAGGAAUUUCUAAAUGGUCCGUGUGCAUCUGUUCAUUUUUUUUGUAAUAUAGGGUAUUGUUUGUGUAGGUUUAGUUGAGUUGUGAUAUGCAAUUAGUUAGGUUUUAGAUGAGUGUGAUCACUGAGACACCCCCUUUCUGUAAUCCUUUUUCUUAUGUACUAGUUUGUAUUACUAUUUAUGAGUACCUUAUUUGAAAUGAGUUCUUCAGAUUUCAUC